AUGGUGCAAACCAGGGAGCAGGGCGACUUCUGCCUCUUGGCGGGAAGCCAGGUGAACCAGGUGGGCUCUGAGCUAGUGCGUCACGAGGAAAAGGAACGAGUCUCUCGAGACUGGCUUCAUUGCACGACUGUUGUAAAGGAUGGGCGCAGUGCUUCUUUGACUGCACCGAACGGACCAGCGCAGGAAAGAUGUGCACAGGCCCUCUCCCCCAUCGUCGAUCCAGUGUCCAGCGUGUUGCGAUUUGAUGUUCUGCUAUUAUUGGAUUCAUGGUCCUUGGCUCAUGCUGUCAUGAAGGAAAUCGGUGUGAAACCACCGGAGAUUGACACCACAGAGUGCCACGGUACCGGCACUUCCUUGGGAGAUCCCAUCGAGAUUGGUGCCUACAGGAAGGUCAUGGCUUCUGUGCCAAGGCACGAACCCGUGGUAAUCACGUCCUCCAAGAGCAACAUCGGCCACUGUGAAGGCAGUGCUGGAAUUUCUGGAUUCCUGAAGUGUGUGCUGCUGAGCCUGUACGGCGAAGCAACGCCCAACUGUCACCUCAACUGCUUGAAUCCGCACUUGGACAUGACUGGCUUUCCUGGGAUCAUCACAACAGAGAAUGCCACAUUCCGCUCAGAGGCCUCGUACAACGGUGUCUUGUCUUUCGGCUUCGGUGGGACGAAUGCUUGUGCUACGGUCUGGGGGGUCAAUCAAAUGACGUCGAGAGGAGUUGGCACAAACAAGGACCUGUACAGUCUCUUCAUCAGGAAGAUGCAAGAUGCACCUCCCCAGGAAGUUACCAUUGUUGGAGACGACUGGGAGGACUGGGAGAUGGGCGGUCCUGACAAGGACGCGAGGUUUAACGACAUCUUCGAGGUUGAGCUUGAUCCUGAUGGCGUCGUCAGCUACUGGAAGAAGGACAAGGAGGUGCCAGACAUGGGUGGUAGCCUCACACGAGACAAGGCGGAUGCCAGUGUGCCCGGCCUCUUCUAUGCGUCUAUCCGCAUUACUGCCAACGUUGAAGAAGAGUUUCAGAUCGUUGCAGACAAAGAGCCGAAGAUGACUUUCCAUCCAUCCAGCAGGACGUCGAUGAAGUCUUCUACCGUCCGCGGGCCAGAGGAGACGAAGCGAGAAAAUUGCUGGUGUGUCAGAGGAUCGAAAGGGGAGAGGUAUCGCGUAGAAUUCUACAGAUCUGACACGGGUGCAGCAACGGUGUCCUGGCUGAGGGAGCAGUAA